GGGGAGCGCCGCGAACCCGGAAGCGGCGGCUGCGCUGACCCGGAAGCGGACGGCGGCGCGGCGGCGGCGGCAGCAGCGGAGCUGAAGAUGCCGCUGCCGGUUCAGGUGUUCAACCUGCAGCAGCCAGCCAGCUCUGUGUCAGGGUCGGGGGGUGCAGAGAGUCAGGACAGGAUGAGGGAUAGCUCGGCCCCCAGCUCGGCCUCCUCGUCAGUGACAGAUCUGUACUGCACCCCUCGCAGCAGCAGGUCAGACCUGCUCCUGCCCGGCACGGCCGGCGACUUCAGCCUGAGCGCCAGUCUCUCGGCCUGUACGCUGCUCUACGAGGGGGCAGUGGAGCCCAUGCAGAUCGACGUGGACCCCCAGGAGGACCCGCAGAACGCACCUGAUGUCAACUACGUGGUGGAGAACCCCACCCUGGACCUGGAGCAGUACGCGGCCAGCUACAGCGGCCUGAUGCGCAUUGAGCGGCUGCAGUUCAUCGCCGAGCACUGCCCCCCGCUGCGGGUGGAGGCCCUGAAGAUGGCCCUGUCCUUCGUGCAGAGGACUUUCAAUGUGGACAUGUACGAGGAGAUCCACCGGAAGCUCUCAGAGGCCACCAGAGAGCUGCAGAGCGCCCCCGAUGGCAUCCCCGAGAGCGCUGUGGAGCCCCCGCCCCUGGACACGGCCUGGGUGGAGGCCACACGCAAGAAGGCGCUGCUGAAGCUGGAGAAGCUGGACACGGACCUGAAAAACUACAAGGGCAACUCCAUCAAAGAGAGCAUCAGGCGCGGCCACGACGACCUGGGCGACCACUACCUCGACUGUGGGGACCUCAGCAAUGCCCUCAAGUGCUACUCCCGGGCCCGCGACUACUGCACCAGCGCCAAGCACGUCAUCAACAUGUGCCUCAACGUCAUCAAGGUCAGCGUCUACCUGCAAAACUGGUCUCACGUGCUGAGCUAUGUCAGUAAGGCCGAGUCCACCCCAGAGAUCGCCGAGCAGCGUGGGGAGCGGGACGGCCAGACCCAGGCCAUCCUCACCAAACUCAAGUGUGCCGCAGGCCUGGCCGAGCUGGCUGCGCGCAAGUACAAGCAGGCCGCCAAGUGCUUCCUGUUGGCCUCCUUCGACCACUGUGACUUCCCCGAGCUUCUCUCCCCCAGCAACGUGGCCGUCUACGGGGGCCUGUGUGCCUUGGCCACCUUUGACCGGCAGGAGCUGCAGCGCAACGUCAUCUCCAGCAGCUCCUUCAAGUUGUUCCUGGAGCUGGAACCUCAGGUCCGGGACAUCAUCUUCAAGUUCUACGAGUCCAAGUACGCCUCAUGCCUGAAAAUGCUAGACGAGAUGAAGGACAACCUGCUCCUGGACAUGUACCUGGCCCCCCAUGUCAGGACCCUCUAUACCCAGAUUCGCAACCGGGCCCUCAUCCAGUACUUCAGCCCCUACGUGUCUGCUGACAUGCGCAAGAUGGCCACGGCCUUCAACACCACCGUGGCCGCCCUGGAGGACGAGCUGACACAGCUGAUCCUGGAGGGGCUCAUCAACGCCCGCAUCGACUCCCACAGCAAGACACUGUACGCCCGCGACGUGGACCAGCGCAGCACCACCUUCGAGAAGUCCCUCCUCAUGGGCAAGGAGUUCCAGCGGCGCGCUAAGGCCACGAUCCUGCGGGCAGCCGUGCUGCGCAACCAGGUGCACGUCAAGUCGCCGCCCCGAGAAGGCAGCCAAGGGGAGCUCACACCGGCUAACAGCCAGUCCCGGAUGAGCACAAACAUGUGAGGGGCGCUGCCAGCCACAGGCCCCCACCCCCCACAGAGGAGACGCGGUUCGGGGCCAGCUGUCCUGCGGGCUGCUUGAGGGCCCAGCACCAGACAUCGGUCCCCCACCCUGCGCCGUCCUGGGGGGCCCUGGAGGAGGGACUGUAGAGGGCUGGGCCGUGCCAGCCUCUGCCCCAGGACCCCCACCCCCUGCACCACCUCCCAUUCGCCUCCUCAUUCCUGCAUUGUUUGGGCUGGAGAUGAGUUGUUGAAACUUUAGUCCAUUAAAGAGCAGACUGAAAUCCU